UUGUGUCUCCAGUGGAUCGGAUGAUGCAUGGAGGGGAAUGGAACGGCACCUAAGAAGAGGCUGGGCCUGCUUCCGAAGCUGCUGUGCAUUGCCGCUUCCACAGUGGAUGACGUCGAAAGCACCAGUGAAUGUCAUUGAUGGCACUGCUUUGGCACCGUGCGAAUGGCCUUUGCGCCGCGUGGAUUGGCCUCGAAGCCUUCUCGCACUCCCGCGUCGUACAUGGGCCCCCUGCAGCAUGGCAGGGAUCAGCUGGAGCCUCUUGGCCAGUCCAAGACAUGCUUCCGGGUGAAAAGCUUUUGGGUUGUGGCCUGUUUAAGACCGAGAUUCGCAGCUUCCCGCUUCUUUUUGACGACGCUAUCUUGAAUUGACCGAAUAGCACCGCCAGCUGUCGGUCCAUUGGGAGUCGCCGCAGACACGGAGGGAUGCUAUUCCUACGGGCUCCACGAUGGCCAUGGACCUCACAGCAAGUUGUGACCAGACAAAUUAGGAUACGGCAGCAUCGACAGCCACGCCUAAACUUAAACCAAGGCCGACUUCAACAGUGCUCGUCGUGCGCCCGCCCCAGCGAGACUACCCCCCCGAAGCCUCCAGCCGCCGACCAUCGAGACCUCGGCCUGCACCAGGAGCUCUUUACAACAUCCAUCUACAGUCCGGGGUCCCCCAUCUUCCUGCCCAAUGGCGCGCGCAUCUUCAACCGUCUCGUCCAGUUCCUGCGCAAGCAGUACGUGCGCUAUGGCUUCCAGGAAGUCAUCACACCCACCAUCUACAAGAAGGCGCUCUGGGCCAAGUCGGGCCAUCUCGAAAACUACGCCGACGACAUGUACACGGUAACCAGCAGCUCGCCGUCCCGCGCCGCCGACAGCCGGGAGACGGGCGAGGAGAACGAAUACGGGCUCAAGCCCAUGAACUGCCCGGGCCACUGCCUCAUCUUCGCGUCGCAAACUCGAAGCUACCGCGACCUACCUAUCCGCUACGCAGAUUUUAGCCCGCUCCACCGGAACGAGAUUUCGGGUGCCCUGAGCGGCCUGACACGGGUCCGGCGCUUCCACCAGGACGACGGGCACAUCUUCUGCCGGCCGGUGCAGAUUGAAGACGAGAUUCGCAAGACGCUCGAUUUCAUCCGCGUCACGUACGGCGUCUUGCGCCUCGGCCCGUACCGGCUGGCGCUCUCGACGCGGCCGGCCGAGAACUACAUGGGGAGCCUCGAAGACUGGGACCAGGCCGAGAGCUCUCUGAAGCGAGCGCUAGACGCGUGCGGGCAGGAAUGGACGGUGAACGAGGGCGACGGCGCCUUCUACGGCCCCAAGAUCGACGUCGUCUUGUCGGACUCCGAGGGCAAGGAACAUCAGACGGCCACAAUCCAGCUCGACUUCCAGUUGCCAAGGCGGUUCGAGCUCGAGUACCAAACGCCGGCGCCAGAGGCAGAGCAGAGGGGCGAGAAAACCACAGACCCGGACCAGCUCGCCAUUUCGGGCCUGGCCCGGCCGGUGCUCAUCCACCGCGCCGUGCUCGGGUCCGUGGAGCGGCUCAUGGCGCUGCUGAUAGAAGACUACAAUGGGAAAUGGCCCUUCUGGCUAAACCCAAGGCAGGGUAUCAUCCUCACGGUGAACGACACCGAGCCGGUCCUGAAGUGGGCGCGCGAUACCCAGAACGUGCUGCUCGGGAUACCGACCGGCAAUGCGGCCGAUGGCGAGGCGGCCGACGGCCUGACAUCGUCGCCAACUGGUCUUGCCGUCGACGUGGAUUUCAGCGCCCGCAGCCUGCCGCUUAAAGUGCGCGAGGCCAAGACAAAGGGCUACGGCAUGAUCAUCGUGAUCGGCCCGAAGAACGUGGCCAAGGAGUCGGUGACGGUCGAUGCGACGGGCGUUCCUGCAGUUGACGACAAGCCGGUCCCGAAGUCGGUCGAGAUGACGCCUGAAGAGCUGGUGCACUUCAUGCAGUCCAAGGUAAACGCUUACGCCUGAGAGCACCGGGAGCCUCGCUCCCCAAGUGACUAAAUGUACGAAUUCUGAGCCACAUUACGUACCUCCAUACCUUGUAUCUUUCACGGUUGUAGCCUGCUUGUAAAUACCACACUGGGUGUGUCGUAUGUGAAUCUAAACCAGCUCACGUCAUCGCUAUGCGAUGGCGAAUUUUAGAAAGAUGGGAGACGUAAUAUCUCAUACAUGCAAAAUACAAAUAUAACCCACGUUCAAGGGUCGGAGCAUCCUUGGGCUUUACCUUACAUAGACUAUCAGGUUCAGCUUC